CCGCUUUCUGCGGCUGCUCAGAGAGCCGAGGUGAGGGCAGUCCCGCGUAAAGCCCGCGCUACUGCCGCCGCCGCCGCUGCAGCCACUUCUGUGAGUCUGGGGAAAACCGCCGCGUGCCCUUCCUUCCCGCCCUCAGCUGUGCGGUGUUUUGUGCUGAGGGGAGGAGGGAGACCAAGGGUGCACGGUGCCAGCUGUCUCCAUCCCCAGACCCGUUGCCUUUCCGGUUGCACCGGUCCCUGGGUGUCCUUUCAUGACCCUCGGAUUCCCGCUCCCCUCCGCCCCCUUCCCGGGCCAAACAUGAUAUUGACUAAGGCCCAGUACGAAGAGAUAGCUCAGUGCCUCGUGGCUGUGCCACCUACCAGGCAGAGCCUGAGGAAGCUGAAACAGAGGUUCCCCAGUCAAUCGCAGUCCACUCUGCUGAGCAUCUUCUCCCAGGAGUACCAGAAACACAUAAAGAGAACUCAUGCUAAACAUCAUACUGUGGAGGCUAUCGAAACUUAUUACCAGAGGUACCUGAGUGGAGUGGUGAAAGAUGGAACAGCCCCUGUGCUUUUGGAGCUGGCCAAUGAGGUGGACUAUGCACCUUCAUUGAUGGCUCGAAUUAUACUGGAAAGAUUCCUACAAGAACAAGAAGAAUCUCCACCCUCCAAGUCCAUUAUAAAUAGUAUGCUGCGGGACCCUUCUCAGAUUCCAGAUGGAGUUCUAGCAAAUCAGGUCUAUCAGUGUAUCGUGAAUGACUGCUGUUAUGGACCACUGGUGGGCUGCAUCAAACAUGCCAUUGGGCACGAACAUGAAGUCCUGCUGAGAGAUUUGCUUCUAGAGAGAAACUUGUCCUUUCUAGAUGAAGAUCAACUCCGUGCAAAGGGUUAUGACAAAACACCAGACUUUAUAUUAGAAGUGCCAGUUGCUUUAGAAGGGCACAUAAUUCACUGGAUUGAAAGCAAAGCCUCAUUUGGUGAUGAAUGUAGCCACCAGGCCUACCUGCACGACCAAUUCUGGAGCUACUGGAACAGAUACAAAGCAAUGAAGAGAAAUGUUUUACCACAUUUUUCAGAGUAAUCUUUCCACUAGAGACAUGAAUAUGAAGAAAAUAUAAAGAAGUCAUAGAACAAUAAAAAUGAUGAAAUGAAUUAAGGAUGCUUAAUUAGUGAUGUCUUUUCCUCUUUCAUAUGGUCCUGGCUUGCAAGUUAACCCUUACAUGUUCAAUUUGUUUUUCCCCAGAAUCCAAAGUAUUAAAAUAAGAAAAAUAGCUUAAGAGAUUUGGCCAUAAGCAAGAUCAGAUUCACUUAGAAUAAGCUACUAAAGAAUGUUAUGUAUUCCCUAGUCCUGGAGUUCUUUGAAAAUAUACUAGAAAUCUACCUGACCCAUGUGGCUUACUUAGUCACCACCUGAAAUGAGGAUAUAAAUUUCCUAAAUAUCUGAAGGACUCUUUCUACCCUAAAUAAAAGUAGACUAGAAGUGAGCUCAGGUUUUAUUUUUACAUCUGCCACUGUUGUUCAUCCUUCAUCCUUGAAGAGAAUCAAUGACAUUACAAGGGUGAUGUCUUGAUUUGUUGCUACUUACUAACUGUAAUUUACUGGGCAAGUAAUUUCACGUCCCAAUUUGGGUUUCUUUUGUAAAAUAGGUAUAGUAAUACUUGAAAUAUCCAAUAGUCAAAGUUUUGUGAGGCUCAAAUGAGACAAUGGACUAAGUAUAAUAGAACCAUAAAGUGUUUGAUAUGUUCUUAUAUGCACAUAUAUAGAAGUAUUUAAGAUGAUAAUCAUACUCAUCUGUGAGAUUUAUCAGUAAGAUGGGCACUGUGCAUACCAGGAAUCUAAAGCAUGUGAACUGGAGACUUGAAAAUACAUAGAAUCUUAUUCUUAAUUUACAGAUUUACUCUAUAUAAUGUCAUUAAUUGGUUUCAUGAAGACACUACUUUAAGCAGAGUGAUAUUGAGAGACACAUAAUUUCAUUGUAGCACAGCUUAGUUGAGCAGAACCAAACCUAUUCGGGCAAAGAGUAGUAAGUACCCCAGUCAUUAAUGACCCUCCUCCUUUGGACCUCACAAAAGCACUUAGAUUUGUAUUUCUCUAAUGUACUUUUAUAUUAUUUCAUAUCCUACUUAUCUGUGCAUGUGCCUCAUUCCCCUAAUAGACUAUCAGGAAAAUGAGGGCAGGGACUGUGUUUUAUUUAAACUUUCCAUAUCCCCUGAUGCCUAGAUUUAUGUUUUUUCACAGAAUAGGAAUUUAAUAAAUGUUUAUUGAGUUGAAUUGAAUUGAGCUGGAGCCUCUUGGGCCAGGAGAGUAACUACUUAGCAAGAUUUGAUGAUAAUGUGUUUGAUGACAUUAUUGCAGAAUUAUAUCAGUCAGUUGAUUUUACAAUAAAAUAAAAAGUCAUGAAUUGAGACUAAAAUUUGAAUAUAGGAAGCCUGGAUUACUCAAGUAAAGCUGUAUUCCUUUAAAGGCAUUUUAAAUAUUAACUCUUAUUUUCAAAUAUAGUAUCCUGAAUUUUGAUUUUUUUUUUAAAUGCCAAGUAUGGAUGGGUUUCCUUAAAUGGAAGAGAAAUAGGAACAGGAAAAGAGCUUGUGAUUCCAUCAAUAUAGAGAUCUCUCAAGUGAAGAUCUAAAUAACUGGGUCAGUACCUUCCCUGCAACUUAAAUAGGCUUAGUGAGCACAGAGUGGUUAAAUAUUUUACCCAGGAUCACACAGCCAGUAUGUGCCUGAGGUUGGACUUAAAACCUGUUCUUCCUGGCUCCAAGACUAGCUCUUUUAUCCAUUAUAGUAUGCUGUCUCCUUUAUUGAUUGGAUAAAAAGUGAUCUAUAAUUAGCACUGCACAUACAAUUUAAAAUUUCAAGCACUUUAUAAAGGUAAGUAGGCUAAAAUUUUUUAAUUCGGGGUCUUUUACAUUAUUUGUUUAGUUGAUUCAUCAACAAAAGCAACAAAUUUUUAUUAAGCACCUACUCCUAGGCAGCUGGCUGAGGCAGUAAAUAGAGCACUAGAUCUGGAGGCUGAAGACCUAAGUUAAAAUCUAGACGCUUACUACUUAUGAGACUCUGGGCCAGUCAUUUCACCUUUCUCAGACUUAAUUUUCUCAUCUGUAAAAUUGGGGAAAUAAUAGAAACUUCCUCUCAGGAUUGUUGUGAGAAUGUAAUCAUGAUUUCUAUAAAGCAUUUAGGAGAGUACCUGCUAUUGUUAUUGUCAUUAUUGUAUCCAAAAAGUAGAAACCAUUAUUCCUUUAAUUAGUGCAGAAGUCAAGUUCAUUCUAAUAUUCACAGAAACAUUGUUUUUCUUAAUGUUUAUGUUAUAGUCAGGCCAAUAUAAUUGACAAGUACCAUGAAAAUAUAUUAGGUAAAAUAAUAAUAUAAUAAUUAAUGUUUAUAUAACACUGUGUAUCAGAUAUUAUGACAAAUGUUUUGCCAUUAUUAUCUCAUUUGUUCCUCACAGUAAUCCUGGAAGUUAGAUGUAAUUAUAAUCCCCAUUUUACAGAUGAGCAAAUUGAGGCAAACAGGUUAAAUACCUAGGGUUGCACAGCUAGGAAGUGUCAGAGCAAAGCUGAUUAGAAGCAGCCUCACCUAGGCAGGGAAUCAAAGAUUCCUGUCUCCCUACCAUUUUUUUUUAAAAUAUUUUUUUGUGCCUGUUUUAUUUUAUAUUGUAGUUAAACUUGUCUCUUUCCAAAUUAUCUCAAAGCUAGGAUUUGAAGCAAUUUUAUUAUAGAUAGAAAAAUGGAUUUGGUUUUUUGUCUGUCUUUUUAGAAUUCAAUAAAAGUGAAAAGUGGCUCAUUGAACUGAUUGUGAGGCAAUCAAUAUUAGAUAUUAAUAUCAUAGAAACGAGGCCAGUGGCCAUUCUUCAGUUUGGGUCACCCAGAGAUACACAGAGCCUAAGUCCACAGCGACAUGGACUGACUGAGCAGAUGUAGUUUUGUGUGUAGUCCAUCAUGAUGUCAAACCCCUGUUCUAUCUCCAAAUUAUCAAUGGUAAAUCCAAUGUUUCUGUACAUGCAGAUUUAUUGGGUAAACAAAUAAUAGUAAAUUAAGCUGACAUGGCCAAGAGACAAACUUGUUUUGCUUGACUAUGUAUAUUUGUUAUAUGGGUUUUGUAUUUCUUUUGUUCCCUCAUUGGAGGUUGGGGGAGGGAAAUAGGGGUAAGGUAGCUGAAAAGAGAAUAGUUGGGAUGGAGUGGAUCAGAGCAAGAAAAAAGAGACAUGAAAGCACUGGCCAUUGGCUAACAGGAACAAUGAGGUAUCACCAAAUCUUUGAGAGCGUAAGCAUUAAGUUCUUGGCUGAACCAUGAGUAGAUUCUGUUGCUCCUGGUUAUUCUCAGCUUCCCUUAUUUUGGCUUUCUAUUGCUCAAUCAUUCUCUACCACUACUGAAGUUAAGAGUUAAUGCUGCUGGUUUGCAGACUCUCAUGUCUUUAAGCAGAAACCCAAUACACUUAUGAAAUACUGCCUUCUCAUUGUCCUCUGAGAAUCUGGGCUCUUAUGCAUACUUACUGUUUGGUUUGGGAAAACGUUGUUCAGUCUUAUAAGAAGUAUGGUAACUACUCUUGAUUCCCUAGGAAAGGAAAUUAUACCAACUUCCAAAUCUUCCUCCCAACCCUGUACCACUCCUUCCCUUUCCCCAUUUUCAUAAUAUGAAUCAUGAACCUUUAGAAACCUAAGCUCUAGAAUGCUAUUCUCUGCCCUACAGCUUUGUCAACUAGGCUCCCAUUCUCCUUUCUCCCUCCUUAAUAUUCUCUGUUCAAAUUUUAUAUUUUGGAUCUGUCUUGAUAUAGUAAAUUUCUUUGUCAGUAGAAUUUAAUAAAAUAUAGUUGGGACACAAUGAGGUGGUACAGUG